AUGCCCUCGCGCUCGGCCGGCGAGCCAGCGGCCAGCUCCUGCAUGUCCUCGUCGCGCUCGACAAACUGGAUGACCUUGCCCCAGCCGUACUUUUUCGCGGCCACCACGUUCAGCCCCGAGUCGUCAACGAAGUACGCGUUCCUGGGAUCGGCCACGCCGGCCUGGCGCAAAGCCAGGUCGAAACUCUCCUUCAUCGGCUUGCACGUGAGCGGGAACUUGCCGUAG